AUGCAAGAGUGUGAGCCCUCUCUCUGCCUCUCCGUAUACGCCAUCACGUUCAUUACUGGCUUCCCCUCCAACGUUCUGGCCUUUUACACGUUUGGCCGUAAGGUGUGGAAAAAGCCCGCACCCAUCGACAUCCUCCUCCUCAACCUCACCAUCUCUGACCUGCUCUUCUUGGUCUUCUUGCCAUUUAAGAUGCAGGAGGUGGCCAACGGCAUGAUUUGGGAUAUGCCCUAUUUCCUGUGUCCGCUGUUCGGAUUCGUCUUCUACAUGACCAUCUACAACAGCACCUUUUUCCUGACGGCUGUGAGUGUGGAACGCUACUUGGGAGUGGCCUAUCCGAUCCGCCACUCGCUGUGGCGCCGGCCCAUCUACGCCGUGGUUGCCAGCAUCUUCCUCUGGAUGCUGUCCUUCCUCCACCUCAGCAUCGUUUACAUCAUGCCCUACUACGACCCGGCCGGGAUCAUCUCGCCGCCGAGGAACGUGUGCUACGAGGAGUUCUCUGAGGCUCAGCUGCACAUCCUGCUUCCUGUGCGGCUGGAGCUGUGCGUCGUGCUCUUCUGCAUCCCACUCCUCAUCUGCUGCUUCUGCUAUGCGGGCUUCGUGCGCGUCCUCUCCCGCCUGCCCAACAUCGGGCGCCGGCGCCGGAUGCGGGCAAUAGGGCUGGCCGUGGGAACGCUGCUGGUGUUUGCCAUCUGUUUCGGGCCCUACAACCUCUCGCAUGUGGUGGGCUAUGUGAUGGGCAAGAGCCCUGGCUGGAGGGACCAGGCAUUGCUGCUCAGCACCUUCAAUGCCUGCCUGGACCCGCUCAUCUUCUACCUGUCCUCAGCCGCCGUUCGCCGGGCACUGGGCAACAUGGCACGGGGUGUCCAGAGUAAGUUGAAGGCGGGGAUCUGUGCCCGAAACCACCAGAGACCCAGGGAGAGCCCUGACGAGACUGUGAAAAGCCCAUUCCCCAAACCAGCUGAGAUCAAUGCCUUCUGA